CGGCUUCUAUAAUAAUCCCGGGAUUUCGAAUUUACUAAUCUCGAAAGAUUCCGUCUCAUGAACCGGUAAGGAUGCAAAUCCAGAUUCCUUCAAAGUACCAAUCUGCCUAACGUGGAUAGUCUACUGGACCGCGUCAUGAAUGGAAGGGUAUGUAAGAAAGCUGCGGUGCUCUUGGGAAGGAGGACUCGCUCGAACCCUCCGCCGCAGCAAGCAUCGGACUCUAGUACACCGCCUAAUAUAUACUGUCACGAUAGCGAACAAGGGUAUCUCGGGCCGGAGCACAGUCCUGCUACAUCUCCUGUUGGCACGACAGCUGUAGAGGAAAGCACUCGAGAGCCGCGGAUGAGAGGUCGAAGUCAGACGGAGCCGGGUUGCGACAACGCAGACAAGCAAAAGACAAGUGAUAAUUGUGGACAAGAUGCCUCUGUAUCGGAGUUCUUGCCGGAGUCGAUUGAUAGGAUAAGGCAGGACUCCCCGCCCAAACCACCCUUGUCAUCAUACCCCGAGUUAUUCAUAUUCGAAAAACCAAAUGAGGAGAUUGGUACUGCACUGGCUCUGUCAAAACUAAUGGUAUGGCGGUGGAACACGGUCUUACAAUGUGAAGAUAAAGUAGCGAACUACAGUAGAACUAUCCACCAACUUCAGAAAGAGGAAUUGAACGCGGAAAGAAUUAUCGAGAAGAUAGAUCAACGGGUCGACGACGCAGGAGAAGAUCCCCUGUUCGAUAUAGACCAGGCGCGCCGGGAGUUUGAAGAUGCCGAAGAAAUUCGGUUGAGACUUCGCGCCGAGAGAGCAAGAAUCGAACUGAAGCUCGGGCGGAAACAGGACGAGAUGGAACUUGCCAAGAGCAAACUGAUCAGGGAGUGGGAGAGGUUACUAGCUGAGAACAAUCUCCUCGAACCAGCCCCUGCAGAUAGCGACGAAGGGUCUCACCAUACUGACGGCGGACGCUCACUAGAGCGGAAUUCUCAAACCCCAACUGCGAGCGAAGCAGCUCGAUACGCCGCAGAGGAUGCCCGGGCCGCCGCCAUCAAGGAACUGCACCUUCGGGAGCGGCAUCUCCAGGGCGCGCGCCAUAAACUCGACCACUGGCAAGAACACUACGAGCACGAGUACCGUGCACAUCAGGAGUGCAUAGCCGAACGCGGCCGCAGCCUGUUCGACAACAUGCUGCUCCGCCAGCAGCAAGAAGCAACCGCCGCGCUCAUCGCAGCAGAGGAAGCCUUUGAAGCGUCACGUAAACACGUCCGCGCCCUCGGCGUCGUGCUGCACGACACAGACCAGGAAUCUGGCUUUGCAUCCUAUGCGGAAGACGGGUAUCGGGAGUCCAUGGAGGCAGACAUGGUCCGGCUUGUGGAUCGUGAACGCAUCGAGCGAUGGAUGAACGAGCCGGAUAGGCCGUCUCACCCGGCGGACUGCGAUGAAUGGGACUCAGAGGAGGUGGGUCUCUGUGAUAGCAUCAGCGUGGUUGCACAGGGGAAGGGGAGAAAGAGGAUCGACCGCUGGCGGUCAAUGUGCGAACUGCUCGAGAUCGAUGCGUUGGGAGAUGUGUGA